AUGGGGACUGAUAACACAACCAUAGACCGUUCAUCUGUACUGGAAGUGGCUCUCAAGCACAUUCACGCAUUCUCCCUGGUCAUCUACUGUGUGAUUACUGUGGUUGGGACUGUAGGCAAUGGUCUGGUCAUCUACGUGACAGGCUUUAAAAUGAAGAAAACUGUCAACUCGGUGUGGUUUCUCAACCUGGCUCUGGCGGACUUCCUCUUCACGGCUUUCCUGAUUUUUUCAGCAGUCUCUCUCUCCCAGGAGCUACACUGGCCUUUUGGAAAGUUCAUGUGUAAACUCAACAACUUUGUGAGUUUAGUUAACAUGUUUGCCAGCGUCCUUUUUCUGACAGCCAUAAAUCUGGAUCGUUGUUUGUCCAUCUGGGUGGUGGUGUGGGCACAAAACAAGCGCACUGUCCGUAAAGCUCAAAUCAUGUGUGCUGUAAUCUGGUUGGCUGCAGGGAUCUGCAGCACACCUUAUGCUAGCUUUCGUACUGUAGACACUGUUAACAGAAAUGAGACUUUCUGCAUGUACAAUUCUAGGAUGACUAAUGAACAAAAAUGGAGCCUGUAUUCUUUCCGCUUUGUUGUGGGCUUCCUCAUCCCAUUCCUGGCCAUGCUUUUCUGUUAUGUGGCCAUAGGUAUCCGUUCCAGGCGCCUGCAAAAGAUGACGAAACACAUAUCUCACCGCAUAAUUUUUUUAAUUGUUAUUGCAUUCUUCAUCUGCUGGUUGCCGUUUCAUGUUUUAAGUUUUCUGGAAUUAUCCUUCAGUGAUAACUAUGGCCUUCGGAGGAUUGUUGAGAUUGGAGGGCCUCUGACUUUGAGUCUAGCUUUCAUGAACAGCUGUCUGAACCCCAUCCUCUAUGUUUUCAUCCGAGUUGACUUCCAAAACAAGCUUCAUCAGUCUGUGUGCUUUGUUCUGGAACAUGCUCUGACAGAAGACCACUUGCCAUUUACAUCCUCUCGUUUCUUGUCUUCCCAGUUGACACGGGUUGCUAGAAAAUCUGAGUCCUCUGCUCCUGUCUAG